CUCGAUCGCACCCUCCCCCAAUUACACCACAAAUCCAUCCAUCCUCUUCCUCUCCCAUCUUUAAAGCUGCAUCCCAUCUCCCCUCACCGCCGCGGCGAGCCAGCGACGUCUCGCCUCCUCCCACCCCGGUCGCCGUGCGCGCCAUAGACACAAGAGCCGACAGCUAGAUCGGGAAAUCAGGAUGGGUCGCGGCAAGGUGCAGCUGAAGCGGAUAGAGAACAAGAUAAAUCGGCAGGUGACCUUCUCCAAGCGCCGCAACGGGCUCCUGAAGAAGGCGCACGAGAUCUCCGUCCUCUGUGACGCGGAGGUCGCCGUCAUCGUCUUCUCCCCCAAAGGCAAGCUCUAUGAGUACGCCACCGACUCCAGCAUGGACAAAAUUCUUGAACGUUAUGAGCGCUACUCUUAUGCUGAAAAGGCUCUUAUUUCAGCUGAAUCUGAAAGUGAGGGAAAUUGGUGCCACGAAUACAGGAAACUUAAGGCGAAGAUUGAGACCAUACAAAAAUGUCACAAGCACCUCAUGGGAGAGGAUCUGGAUUCUCUGAAUCUCAAAGAACUCCAACAACUGGAGCAGCAGCUGGAGAGUUCACUGAAGCACAUCAGAUCGAGAAAGAGCCAUCUUAUGAUGGAGUCCAUUUCUGAGCUACAGAAGAAGGAGAGGUCACUGCAGGAGGAGAACAAGGCCCUACAGAAGGAACUGGUGGAGAGGCAGAAGGCGGCGGCCAGCAGGCAGCAGCAGCAGCAACAACAACAACAGAUGCAGUGGGAGCACCAAACCCAGACCCAUACCCAAAACCAACCCCAAGCCCAGACCAGCUCAUCAUCUUCCAGUUUCAUGAUGAGGGAUCAGCAGGCCCAUGCCCCUCAACAGAACAUUUGCUACCCGCCAGUGACGAUGGGUGGGGAGGCGGCAGCGGCGGCAGCAGCAGCGCCGGGGCAGCAGGCUCAGCUUCGCAUUGGAGGCCUGCCUCCAUGGAUGCUUAGCCACCUCAACGCUUGAGGAAGGAAGAGGUUUAAUUUCCAAAGCAGCUGAAACAGCAUUAAUCGGCACACUAGCAAUUAAGCUGCUAUGGUUAUGUUUGCUUGCCCCUACCCUUAUAUAUAUGAUUUGCAAGGUAAAAAAAUGAGCAGAGAGAUCAGGAAUGCUGGUUCACUGUAUAAUUUUGUUGCAUGUUCAGCAACACGUACCAGUUGAUGCAAACAUGCAUGCUUAGCAACCAACCAAUUACCUUAGCAUGGAUGACUUGCUUGGCUUAAUUAUGGAAAGCUAGGUUGCGUGAUGACGUGUGUAUAUAUAUGAUAUAUUUUUAUAUUUUAUCUGAAAUCUAAAUGGGUGAAUGAAUAAGGCCAGGUUCAAGGCUGUGA